AUGUGCGAGUGUCUCCAAAUCCGCAUCGACAAACUCGAGGCGCGGUGCAAGCAGAUAUCAACCCUUCGCCGAAUAAUCAGAGAAAAGACUGGGGUCCAGGAUGGUGGCAUAAUCGUCCGUGAUCCUGCUACGAGCUACGACGAUGAUGGAGCGCGAUUAAUACAGGUUCAGUUGAAGGCGGAGCUUGACGCUGCUCUUGCGUUGGCGAAUGAAAUACCUGAACGUGCGGCUUUGCAUUUCAACGCGAAGGACAAGGAAACCAUGCAUCUUUCAGAUCUCGACGGCCUCAACCUUUCCGAACUCAUUCAAUUCCAGCAAAGUCUAAUGAAGGCGUGGGCAGGAGUCGAAAAACUCCUCCUAGAGUCGUAUCUCAGGAGGUCCACCAGAGAUCGUACCCCACUGUACAGGAAGAUAGAAACCCCUCAAAUUCGCCUCCUUCGCCAACUCAUCAAGGACUUUGCAGCCGAGGCCCUACAUGGAGGCUGGAAGCUCAUCGGACAGGUUGAAGCGCUCCUCGUCGAAGUAUCCUCAGCGGAACUGUUUGAAUUCCCGUCAUCUUAG